CAUUUUUCUCCAUAGAUGUAUAUAUCUAUGGUUUCGCCCAUGCACGUUUCUAUUGGCCGGCUAGGCUUCUCCUGAAGGUGGCUGGAACGGUCAAGAAUGUCUCUGGAGGACCCGUUCUUCGUGGUGAAAGGAGAAGUUCAGAAAGCGGUGAAUACAGCAUGGGGUCUCUACCAGCGCUGGGGCCAGCUGCUCCAGGAGACCCAAGUUGUGAACAAGGAGGAGCUUAACUGGACUACAAAUGAAUUACGCAACACCUUGCGCAGCAUUGAGUGGGACUUGGAGGAUUUGGAAGAAACCAUUUGCAUUGUGGAAUCAAACCCACACAAAUUUACAAUUGCGGUGUCCGAGGUUGCAGCACGACGUUCUUUUGUCACAGAGAUGCGGGAGUCAGUCAAGGAAAUGCAGGAUCACAUGUCUGACCCAGCAGCACUGUCCUUUGUGGAGAGGAACAACAGAGUGCUGGUGGAUAGCAGGGAAUGCUGUGGGCUCUUGAGUGCAGAGAAAGUGUCAGCAGCUGAUUCACACAUUUUGGAAGAGCAGCAGUUGCACCAGAAGUUGAUCAUUGAGGAGCAGGAUGAGCAGUUGGAGCUAGUUUCUGGCCGCAUUUCUGUGCUGAAGCACAUGUCGGGGCAGGUUGGAGAGGAACUUGAUGAACAAACUAUAAUGCUAGAAGACUUUGCUCACGAGAUGGACAGCAGUCAGAACCGCGUAGAUGGGGUGCUCAAAAAGAUGGCCAGAAUCUCCCACAUGGCUAGUGAAAGACGUCAGUGGUGCAUCAUCUGCCUAUUGGUCAUCACUGGUGUGGUGGUGCUGAUCCUUCUUUUUGCUCUGUGAUCAACUGACAGAUGGACAUAGGGAAAAUGGAAAAGAUACAUCAACCCCAUUCCUUUCAUGUGGAAAGCCUGAAGACACCAUGGCUUUGUGUCCUAUAUGGCGUGAGGGAUAGUGAAGAAAUAGGACAAUGACAAGAAUGUUGGAUUUCUAACUGGGCUCCCUUCCCUUGUAUUCAUACUGUUGGCCCUAACUAUGAAGGGCUACAGGUCUGUGACAAAGGAUUCUGCAGGCUGGUACUUGUCAACCCUUCGAGGUAGUCCAGACCAGGAAGCCAAAAUAAUGAAUGCUAAUAUUGUUUUUAUUGUAAGGUUAUAGUAACAGAAUCUUGCAAGUCUGAAAGCACUCCUCCCCCCUUACUUUCCAGAGAGCUAGGGAGGGGAAAUCCUGAGAUGCUUUCUCAAAUUACAUUUCUGAUUUGGGCUCAGAUUUCAUUUAUCAGACCAUUGUCUAGGCUGUGGCUCUUCCUCCUGUCACUCAAGGCUAUUGUCACAGACCAUUACUGUUCCUUACAGUGGGAAUUUGUGGACUUUCUUUUUCACCAUACUUGGGAAAUAAUUAGGUUUGAAUGCCUCUGUUUCUUAAACGUGAAGACCAUGCACCACCCAUUCGUUAUGUCACCAGCUUUGCAAAAACAGGCACUAGUGUUUAUUUUCUUUUUCUUAGUCUUAUGCCUGUUAGAAGAUCCAGUUCCUUCAUACCAACUCUCUGAUGCAUGUAAAAUCUCUCUCCAGUAAGCGUAUCUGAUGAAGCACAAUUGACAGAACGGUUACCUAUUUUCAGUUGAGUUGGACCAACAAAGAAUGGGUGGCAGCUUUAGAUAGGGCAACACUAUCUCCUGCUUGUUGAGUUGGUGAAAUGUUUGGUGAAAUUACUAAGAGUUGAGGAUGAUUUAAAGCUGUCUAUUUAAAUGCUUAAUGAAACCAAACACCAGCCCCCAAUGGGCUCCUUUCUAGAAAUUGGGAGCAAAGAACAUUGCCAACAUGUAAAUGUAGGCUACAACAUUGUGCACAAGGAUGCAACUGAUGGUGAUGCUUCUGGGCUAGGCUAAAAAACCUGGCUUGCCAAUGUACCUGCUCAGGCUCUCUUCUCAUCACAAGCAUUUGGUAGAACAUGGUGGACAGAUCAUCUCAGUACUGGCUAAGUGGAUUCUGCCAUGAAAAUAAAAUACUGGCUAUUUCCAGGGAAGUCCAAGUGACUCAUAGUUUAUAGUUUGUAUCUCUAUGGAACAAUUCAGUUGUCACAGGCACUCAGCCAUUCCGUUUAUAUUAUGUAACAUUAUAGAGCAGAGAUUGGCAGACAUCAGACUUGGGAGCUCUACUUUAUUAUCUAAAAACCUGAGGUUCACUAAUCAAAGCUUGGACAUAGUCAGAAUUAAAGAGUGCUGAGCCUUGGAAUUUGAUUUCCAGAAUAGAAAGAUGCUUACAGGUUUUCGUGGGGUGAAGAAAAUGCUCCUGGUUAGUUCAAGCUUUAGAAUUAUAUGGGCGAGGGGAAAGUUUUGGCUGCUGCUGUUCUAAAUCCUUGUGAAUUAGGGAUCUUUGCUAAGCUGCUGAAACUACCCAGGGAUCUGCCAAGUAAAUCCAGAUCCUCUGCUAAUCUCUUUUAUAAAGCAAUGUUAAAGCAACUUUUUAAAAAAAUAAAUAUUUUAUACUUGUACUUAA